UGACACAUAUUAUUUUUGUAAAAUAGUAGGCUUCUAGUUUAUUUUCAACUCCAUUUUCAAUUAGAAUACCUUUUACAUAACAUUUCUAACCAGUUGUAGUUACAAACAACAAUCACAAAAAUGUCCGAAAAGAAACCUCAAUUCAAGUUUCCUAUGCACAAUGUGCACUUUAACAAGACCAUGGGCAUAGUGAAAAAUGCCUGCUUGUUUUCCGUUUUGGCUCCAACUAUUAUGUACAUAUUGUACAAUGCACCGCACCAAAGGAAGUACAGGAGCUUCUAUUCGACGUAUGACCCCAUCGAUGCCUUUGACCGGAUGAUGAACGGUGGCUAUAUAGACUCUUUUCCACCCGGCAGUGGGCCCAAGGCUAAGAAGGACAAGAAGGAUAAAAAGAAGAAGUAGACAAGGGGAAUUAAAAACCAAAAUCAAAAACACAUAUACGAUUAAGACUGGGAAGGAGAUCUAACACGAAUUUGAGUUCUAAGAAAUGACAAUACGAAACAAUAAUCAAGCGACAUUGAUUACCUGGAGCAUUGCAAACAUUCUGGGCAGAUAUAGUUAUCUGAAUCCAUUUCCCACACUUUAAUAACAUUUUAAAUUGCACAACUUUCGAACUUUUGGACUUCGAUAAGGAAUAUAAAUUCGAAAAGCACAAACCUUUCCCUGUGACAACUAUAAACAAAAAAUAUAAAUAAAUUGGAGCAUUGCAAACUA